CCGCGUCAUUCGCGCGCCCGAAGUGACCUCAGCACAUGCGCCGCUAUGUUUUGGAAACAGCCGGGGGGAGCCCAAAGCCGCUCACUGCAACGGACAGCUGUUUGUGUCGCGUGCACGGACUUCUGAAAGUGAAAACAUGCCAAAGCCCCCGAAGAAGUCGCGCACCGGUCAGCCCUCCAUCAGCAGGUACUUCGGAGGUCCGAGCGGCGGCGCCUCCGUUAACCAGAACCCUGCUCCGCACCAGCUCUCAAGAGGCAAGAAGAAACUUUCCCCCGAUCACGGCGAUUUGGGAUUGUCAACAAAGCGAGCCAAGCUCUGUGUCCGAGACCAGCAGCAGGAGGAGCAUUUGGACUGUGAGCCAGCAUCCCGUCAGAGCACUGGAGAGCCGGCGCUAGCGAGGAGCCGGGGGGCAAUCGGCCUCUGCACCUCCACCCGGGAGAAGCUGCAAGGGUUCACCUGCUCGGCUGAACCCGGUGUUGCUCAGAGAGGAGAAGGGAAGACGGGUGGUGCCAAUAGCAGUAAGAUCUGUGACGAUGGAGGUGGCGGUGGUGGCGGCGGUGGUGGCGCUCGGCCUACCAGUGAUGGAACAGAUCAAUGCGGCAAUGAAAACAGCCUCCAACAUCCAGAGGAGGAGCUGGAAGAGGAGGAUGAGAAUGAGUGGGAGGAGGACGAGGAGGUCAAAGACGAGAAGGGUUCAGGGAUCGCUGCUGCAAAACAGGGGUUCCGCUUGUCUCAGUUUGCCAAGUCAGGAGGAGGAGGAGGAGGAGGAGGAGGACGGGGAGGAAGACGGGGUGCAAUGCCGAGUCCUCCGUCAGACUCCGGCAACCCCUCCAGACGCUCGAAGAGCGCGUACACCCCCCUGGAGCAGCAGGUCAUCCAGCUGAAACAGCAGCACAAGGACGCCUUGCUGGCUGUGGAGUGUGGAUACAAGUACAGGUUCUUUGGGGAGGACGCAGAGAUCGCUGCGAAGGAGCUGAAUAUCUUCUGUCACCUGGAUCAUAACUUCAUGACGUGCAGCAUCCCCACGCACCGCUUGUUUGUGCACGUCCGCCGCCUGGUGUCCCGCGGACACAAGGUCGGUGUGGUCAAGCAGACGGAGACGUCUGCGAUCAAGGCUUCGGGAGCCAAUAGGAACGCUCUGUUUUCCCGUCAGCUGAGUGCUCUGUACACCAAGUCCACUCUGGUGGGAGAGGACGUGAACCCGGUCUGCAGACUUGGCGAUGUGGAGGAGGGGGUCUGUGGUGACGUGGUGUCGGACCCCCCAGACAGCUUCCUGCUGUGUGUCAGUGAGAACUGGGACAAACCCAAGAAGCAGCUCACAGUGGGGCUGGUGGCGGUUCAGCCCAGCACAGGAGACGUGUUGCUGGACUGCUUCCCAGAUGGUCAGUCCCGCUCCGAGCUGGAAGGUCGCGUCCUAAAGAUUAACCCCGUUGAGAUCCUGGUGCCCUCUGACCUCUCGGAGCAAACCCACAGACUCCUCCAGAGCAUCGCUAAUGCCAGCGCUCAGGCCGAUGACCGAGUGAGAGUCGAGAGGAGGGACAGCGCUCAGUUUGAGUUUGCCUCUGCGAUGAACACAGCCACCGAGUUCUACUGCCACGCCCCGGAGAAAGGCUCUCGCUCUCUGUCGAGUGUCGCGUCCUUGGAGAGCCCAGUGAUCUGCUGUCUGGGGCCGCUCAUUCAGUACCUCCAAGAAUUCAACUUGGAAAGAGUUCUUAGGAGCGAAAGCUCGUUCCAACGGCUGUCCUGCGAGUCGGAGGGCAUGAGCCUGAGCGCCGCCACCCUCCGGAACCUGGAGAUCCUCAACAAUCAGACAGAUGGCGGCGCGAGGGGCAGUCUGUUGUGGGUGUUGGAUCACACUCGCACUCCGUUUGGGAGGAGACUGAUGAGGAAGUGGGCGAGCCGGCCCCUCACAGACCCGCGGUCUAUCUCGGAGAGGCAGGACGCCGUGCAGGAGAUCCUCGAGUCGCAAUCGCUCACUUUGAAUGCCGUCAAAUCCCUGUUGUCGCAUUUGCCUGACCUGGAGAGAGGCAUCUGCAGCAUAUACCACAAAAAGUCUUCCACGCAGGAGUUUUACCUCAUUAGCAGCGGCCUUUCUCGACUGGGAAGUGAACUGCGGGCCUUGCUCCCAGCGGUCCAGUCCCAGAUCAGCUCCGCGCUCCUCCGAGGCCUCUUGUUGGACACGCCGGACCUGCUGGCUCCGGCCCACAGCCACCUCGAGGUGCUCAAUGAAAGGGCCGCCAAGACGGGAAAUAAGACGGAGCUGUUCUCAGACCUGUCUGGCUUCCCGGUGCUUCGGGAAAGAAGAGAACAGAUCCAGACCGUCGUCGGCCAGAUCCAAGACCACCGCAAAGACAUCCGACGGACGCUGAAGGCCCCGGCGCUGGACUACGCCACCGUCUCUGGACAGGAGUUUCUGAUUGAGGUGAAGAACUCGUUGUCGUCCACUGUUCCACCUGACUGGGUCAAAAUCAGCAGCACCAAGGCAGUCAGCAGGUAUCACUCUCCCUUCCUGGCGGAGCGCUACAAGAAGCUGCUGCAGCUCCGAGAGCAGCUGCUGCUGGACUGCCAGAGGGAGUGGACACAUUUUCUGGAUCAGUUUGGGGAGCACUAUCACACCAUGAAAAGGGCUAUUAGUCACCUAGCAACCAUGGACUGUCUCUUUUCAUUGGCUGAGGUGGCUAAACAAGGGGACUAUUGCAGACCAGAGGUGUGUGACGGUCGGCGUGAGAUUAUGAUCCAGGACGGCAGACACCCUGCCAUCGACUUACUGAUGGGAGAGCACAACCAGUAUGUGCCCAACCUCACCAAACUACAGGGCGAUGGCAGGAGAACUAUGAUAAUCACUGGUCCUAAUAUGGGGGGUAAGAGCUCCUACAUCCGCCAGGUGGCCCUGAUUUGUGUUCUGGCUCAGAUGGGCUCCUACGUCCCGGCCUCUGAGGCCCGCCUGGGCGUGCUGGACGGCAUCUAUACCAGGAUGGGGGCUUCGGACAACAUUUACAAAGGCCGCAGCACUUUCAUGGAAGAGCUGACCGAAGCCUCGGAGAUCAUUCGCCGCGCAACCGAGCGCUCAUUAGUCAUCCUCGAUGAACUGGGACGGGGAACCAGCACCCACGAUGGGAUCGCCAUCGCCUAUGCCACCCUGAAGUACUUCAUCAAAGAUGUGAAAGCCCUCACCCUGUUUGUGACCCAUUACCCUCCUCUGUGCGAGCUGGAGCAGGUGUAUCCUGAACACGUGUCGAACUACCAUAUGGCUUUCCUUCUCAAUGAACCUGACAUCGCCGCUGACACUGGCGACGGAGAGGUUCAGCCAGAGUUCAUCACUUUCCUCUACCAGUUAACUGAAGGAGCUGCAGGGCGGAGCUACGGCCUGAAUGUCGCCCGAUUGGCUGACAUCCCAGACGACAUACUGCACACCGCCUCUCGCAAAGCCAGAGAACUGGAGAGCGUCGUCAACGGCAAGAGGAUAAACCACACGAUGCCAGGCACAGGUGUGCCGCUUACGAUCGAGUUAGGGAGCUGAACACAGCAAAUUCUCCGUCUUGUGCAGUCAAAGCGACAGCGUGAAGCACUUUCUCCGAAUACGGCCUUCCAUCGCCGUACAUUUGUACACCGCAUCUCCUCGCUCUGUAGCAGACGGCCUGCUGGGAGUUCAGUGCUGCUUAAGCCUCUCCAGAAGUAAUCCUCACCAUAUGAAAUAUGUCAGCUCGGACACACACAAACACGCAGCCAUGCCUCUCUGUCAAUGUAAUCCUUCCUUUAUUAAAUGUUUGUCUUUUUUGGAGGGAAGACACGCUGAGCACACAAUCGCUGAGCUGCUGGUCAGAGGUUAGGAACAGGGAUGUCAUUGUACACACACACCCCUCCCACACAAGCUAUGUGAGGAUAUACAAUACAUACAAUAUUUUUGUUGAAGCAACAGUUCUGUGUCUUUAUCUAUAGGAAGAAUAAGAAGAAUAGGAAACUUCUCUCAGCUCUCUUGAGCAUCUCGGGCAGAUCGUCCCUCGCGGAGUGGCUGCUGUCCACCGCUUGAGAUCGGCGCCAUGAAGAAGAGAGCACAGAGCCAUCAGUGGAGGAGCAUGCUCAAAGAAGAGUGGACAAGGGAGAAGUGAUAACUCGUUUCACUGAUUGGAGUAGAGGGGUUGUUGCUGCUCUCUUUGCUAGUGAGAGUGUGUGUGUGUGUGUGGGAGAAAAGGAUUUAACUCACCAUCAUCUGUACUGUAACCUAAUUGCCAGAAUAUCAAUAAAUACCUGUACUAGACAA